AUGAGUAGUGAAAAUAAACAACAGGAAAACGAAGGCGUGGUAUGUGGGCACCGUGUAGUCAAAACUAGCGAUGCAAAAUGGUUAUGUCUUGAAGAUAUAUAUCAAAAAUUCCAUCGACCUAACGCGUACGACAUAGGCGGCACUAACGUCGGAGAUGUUGCGGAUUAUUGGUUCAUGUACAUAACAAAAGCUGUUGCUGAUAUAUUUCUUUUAGAACUAUUUAUUUCAAGUCACCAAGAAGAGUCAUUCAUUGUUGCUGUCAGCAGUACCAGAGGCAAGCCCCCUGGCUUGGCGCGCUCGAAUCCGCGACCC